CGCUCGGAGUUCUUAAAUGACGAAAACAAAGUGACUAAUGCGAAAGAUGAAUCACGCCCUCAUCAACCAAUUAUUGAAAAAAGGCACUGGCCUACCUGGUUUCCAACCUGGAACCCCAGUUGGCGUCCAUCAUGGAACCCCAGACCCAGCUGGUAUCCUACCUGGCGUCCAUCCUGGUGGCCGACUUGGCGUCCAUCCAGGAAGCCUACUGGGUUUCCGACCGGAAAACCCAGCUGGCGUCCGACUUGGCGACCAACGUGGCGACCGACUUGGCGUCCAACUUGGCGUCCGACUUGGCGUCCGACUUGGGGUCCGACUUGGCGUCCGACUUGGCGUCCGACUUGGCGUCCGACUUGGCGUCCGACGUGGCGUCCGACGUGGCGUCCGACGUGGCGUCCGACUUGGCGUCCGACAUGGCGACCGACUUGGCGUCCGACCUGGCGACCGACCUGGCGACCGACUUGGCGUCCAUCUUGGAAGCGUUAAAACUGAAUAUCUACUUGGCACUUAUCAUAUCUCGUUCUCCACUGCAAUUGCUAUGCCAUAUGUCGCAUAACCACCAUGGGAAAUUAAAAUAAGAUCUCGUAGAUAUCAUAGAUAAUUGAAAAAAAUUUGGGGAAUA